AUGUCUGCAGGGUCCCUCAGUGAUAACCUUUACGGGCUGGAAUAUCUGCACGUAGGUUGCACUCUAAAAAUAAUUCACAGGGAUGUUAAGACGUCCAACGUUCUUCUAGAUAGUAAUUUGAAUGGCAAACGGGCUGACUUCGGUCUUUCAAGAGUGACUGGCAGUGAUGAAACUUCUCAGAUCAAUACAACAAUUAAAGGAACUCCUGGAUAUUUAGAUCCAAUGUAUUAUAAAACUCACAUGUUGACCGAUAAGAGUGAUGUGUAUAGUUCUGGAGUCGUAUUGUUGGAACUCAUAUGUGGAAGGAAAUCCAUAGACUUAAAAGUUUCUGCCGAGAAAAUAUUCUUGACUGAAUGGAUAGAACAUACAGAUUCGGCUAUGGCAUUUUUCUCAAGCCAUUCAUCUUUAUCUACUCGACCAUAUUUGUUUGAUCUACAAGAGAAUUAG